AUGGUUUCGGGAAACGCGUGUUCUCUUCCAACGAUGUCCGCCACUUUCCUUGCGGCUUUCAUGACCUUUUCCGUCUUCUCGCUUGCGACAGCCACCAAUCCUUUUAUCACAUACCCGAAUGAUUUUGUGGACCCACAAGUCGCGUUGGGGCCGUUUGGAAGCAGUCUUCAAGGCGCGCAAGACACGGUUGUUGCUUGGGCUGAGGAGAUGAACUCCCAUGGACCGUGGAGUGUCACCUUCAAGCCUGUCGUAGCUCCAAGUGGUGAUAAGCAUGACUAUAUGAGCUGGGCACCAUACCAAUGGCCAGAUUGCUCCAAGGUUGGCAACAAGACUGCGCUAUCCCCAGCCCAGAUGCGCAAAACGUGCCCUUAUGUCUUCCGAGACGGAGAAGUCAACCCCGAUCGUAAUAUACCCGAUGAUUUCCAAUCGUUCUUCAAUCUUUCCGACGCUGUCCUUUACAACGCCCUUGCCUUCAGCUUCCAAAACCAGUCGUCCACCGUCUACUCGCAGAAUGUUGUCAAAUUUGUCAAGACGUGGUUUCUCGACAGCGAUACGAAGAUGAACCCCAAUCUAAAUUUCGCGCAGAUGAAUCUCGGGCCGAGUGGCCAGAGUGGGACAUUUACCGGCGUCCUUGAUCUGCGAAUGCUUGCGAAGAUCGCUUCUGGUGUCCUGAUACUACGGAAAAGAGCCAGCAGCGACUGGACGAAGGAUGUCGACUCCCAAUUUGUGUCGUGGUGCAGACAGUAUAUCACCUGGCUACAAACCGCGCCGCCAGCCAAACAGGCUGCGGCCGCCACCAAUAAUCAUGGGACAUUCUACGUCAACCAGCUCAUGUCGCUCAUGGUCCUGGUCGGAGACAACGCUGGGGCAACCACUCUCGGUCGAAAAUACUUCGGAGGGCUGUUCAAGACGCAGAUCGCAGCUAACGGUGAACAGCCAAUGGAAGCCAGUCGCUCCCGACCUUUCCAUUAUCGCAACUUCAACAUUGCUGGGAUGAUUACCAAUGCUCGUCUGCUCAAAUACGUCGACCCCACGUCCAAUGAUUGGAACACCACGAGCAAUGGUGCCACAAUCCAAACUGCGGUGGACUUCGUUAUGACCGUCAACCCGGCGAAGACGCAGGAGACGAAUGUAACGGUGGAGAUAUACCCCAAUGUCGCUGCUGUCGCGGCAACGUAUGGCGACCCGAGUGGAAAAUACUCAAAGUUCCUUAGCAGUUCGGGAUUUCCAUAUAUGGACGACGCGUUUUGGGUGUGGGAUCAUCCGAAGACGCUUGCCAGCGCGAAUGCGGGGGCCAACACACAUUCCAACGCAGCUUUUCUUGCCGUCAAAGCUGGCUGGCAAUCGUUGUUUGGGGUGUGCUAG